AUGGCGCCGCUCUGCUGUACCUUUUACCGUGCCGUCCUGAUUACGUUUCCCGCGAUCUGGCUGUUCUCGUCGUCAGGCGGAGGAGCCUGGACGGUGAUUCUUCCACCACCACGAACACUGACGGAGGCGGCCUCCUUCACACGUGCGCACCACUACCCAGACUCGCACGUGCCACCGCUCGUCGUCAUUCGUCCUUCUCUUCCCCAGUCCCACCACGCGCCCGUGGCAAUCUCCCCGCCAAAGCAGUUUCCCUUUAAAUUUCCAGCUCCUUCUCCACUCUUCCUCCGCCGCACUCCACCGACCUCCGACGAUAAGAAGAAGAAGAAGGACUUCGGUCUCACUCCCGCCGCUGCUACAGCCAUGGAUGGUGAAGAUUGUCUCAUCGACGUACACAAGCUCCGCUCCGAUUUCCUCCGCGUUCUCUGCUCCAGGCGAACCGCCGCAGUUCCGUUGGCGGUGGAGCAAGCGAAGCCGGUCAAGCAUCCUUUGUUUCAGGAUGAGAAACCGCCGACGUUCAGUGAGGCAAUGGAGUCUUGUCCGAAGGCAGAUAUACCUAAUCUGAAGGAGAAGUUGAAGGAGGAGAAUCUUCACUUGAUCACUGAGGCAGGGGAGCAAGGGCGCUUGCCUAUUCUGAUUCUGAGUCUGAAAGGAGGGAAAGAAAGGAAGCCUGCCGUUGUGUUUCUGCAUAGCACGCAUAAGAACAAGGAAUGGUUGCGCCCAUUGCUUGAGGCGUAUGCUUCACGGGGAUAUGUGUCUAUCGCCAUUGAUUCUCGCUACCACGGUGAACGAGCUCACAACAAAACCACCUACAGAGAUGCUCUUGUGGAAUCAUGGAAGAAAGGUGACACAAUGCCCUUCAUAUUCGAUACGGUAAAAUGGAUCGUUUGCUAUUUCUUCGGGUUGGCUAGCUUCGGCACAAGGGAUGAUCACUUGAUCAGUAGCCAAAUCAACUCCAUUUUUGCAGGCCUGGGACUUGAUCAAGCUUGCGGAUUAUCUCACACAAAGGGAGGAUAUAGACUGUACCAGGAUUGGAAUCACUGGCGAAUCAUUGGGAGGUUGGUUGGAAUGCAUGCAUGGUUUGGUGCUUUUGCGGACAACCGAUAUUCAGUGGUUGUGCCCAUAAUCGGUGUCCAGGGAUUUCGCUGGGCCAUAGACAAUGACAAAUGGCAAGCUCGUGUUGAUAGCAUAAGAGCAGUAUUCGAAGAAGCGAGGAUGGAUUUGAGCAAAAAGGCUAUUGAUAAAGAAGUGGUGGAGAAGGUUUGGAACAGGAUUGCCCCUGCCCUGGCGUCUCGCUUGGAUGCUCCUUACACCGUACCAGCUAUGUCGCCUCGUCCUCUGCUUAUUCUCAAUGGAGCAGAAGACCCACGUUGCCCGAUUUCUGGUAUACAGACUCCAAUGCUGAGAACUCUAGCGGUUUAUGAGGAAGCUAAUGCCGCAGACAAGUUUAAGGUAAUUGCUGAAGCUGGAAUUGGGCACCAGAUGACAAAAUCCAUGGUGAAAGAAGCAAGCUACUGGUUCGAUAAAUACCUCAAACAAUGAAAGCUCUAGUCAGGAUGCAUCAUGUUGAUAAUACCUUGUACUGAACACCAGAAGCUGUCUUCAAUUUGAUGAUCGUCGAGAAAGAUGUGUUAAAUAAAAUGUAACUUUUGGCAACAGUACGUGUAAAAUAUACUAGGUUCUUUCCUUUCUGUCUCAAACAUAAGCUAAUUACACGAAAUCAGCAUUUCAGCUUACAAUACAAAAUCAAAGUCCAGAAAACCAAAUGAUUAACCAUAUCAAGAAUUAUAGUAGUAAACAAACAGAGCAUACAAUAACGGUCUUUUGUAGUUUCAGCCUUUCUUUGGUGAAGCUGCGAGCCUUGUGUACAUUCUGGCCAUGGACUGAUAACCUCUUACAUCGCCAGAGCGCAGAAGGUUUCCUGAAUCACAGUUCAGAGGGCUAUCAGGCUCUGGGUGAGCCAUAAGAGCAAUUAUAGCCCUACAAACCGAUUGAAGCGUCCAUGCUGGACUCCACGCAUUCUUCAAUAUGUCCAGACAUAUCUCCCCAGUCUGCAAAUGCACAUUUGGGUGGAAUAUUUUUGUCAAGAAACGAACUUGAGGAGGCUGCAAGGGAUACUGCUCCGGCACGGCGAAGGCAAGCUGGAAGACUCCACCAUCAAACGGAGUCUCUGAAGGCCCCUGCACGCAGAGCAGUCCAUUUGAAAAUGUUGGAAUCAUCACAAACCAAUUGGAUAUCCGGAUCGGCCGAUUUCUCCCUUUGCACCUCUUUGUAUUCCUUGAACAACCUUGCCCUUGAAGCCUGGAACAAUGCGUCCCAAAAUUGGAAAAUCAUGAUUCAUAAUUCAUCAAGAAAACACGCAAAUCUACCACCCAUGGAAGUGAAGAAACUAACCUGCAUGCUUGCCAGUAGCUUUUAGGAACCACGAUAACAACUGCACUGACACCUCGCCCGGCGCUGAUUCUAAUUUCUAACAGAAGAGAGCUGAUAAAUGGAACAGAAAGAUUUUUCGGGUUUUUCCGUCUCGAGAAGUAAAACUGGAAAAUCAGAGAAACAGAUUUAACAGAACUCGAGCAGCCAUCCCC